AUAUACAUUUAUAUCUCUUUCCCAUACUCGUGAAGGGAGCUAUAGACACUUGAUUGUAUAAACACGAUCCGGCCAGAUCACCUCAACGAUCAUGCACGCAUUUGUAGACUCACCAGCGCACGAAGUCGCAAGUGUGUGUGGGUAUGUAUGGAAUUAUGGCAGGCUUGCUUUGUUUCUUUCAUGCUCAUUCCUAUCCAUGUUCUACUUCUCUCAUUCAUUUUCCUUUUUGAUAAUGGUAUCUGCGUGCAGACCUCAUCCAUUCACUGGUUGUCUAUCGUGUUUCUCUCAAAGCUGCGAUGAGCUGUGACUGCUUGCGACGCUCCGACUUCAGUACCCCGAUUAGUCUAAGUCUUGCUCUUUUCAACCUUCAUCUAUACCCAAUCAAAGCGCUUUCUGCAAGACUCAUCAAGGCCAUAGACUUUAUACAUU